AUGACAAAAAGUUGGGCAGAAAUUUUUGUCAAACUUUUUAAAUCCUUUUCUCCAUCUGGCUUAUCAUUACCUAGGUUACAUUCAUGGUUACAUCACACAUCUUCUUCCAUUAAAUAUUUUGGUUCACUCGAUGGUCAAACAGCUGAAACAUAUGAAUCACUUCACAAAUCCUCUGUUAAAAUUCUUUACAGAUCCACCAAUAAAAGGAAACCCAUUAAUCAAAUGCUAAAUCAUCCAACAGCCAAUGGAAAGUCUAUUAACAAACAUACAGAACUCCAGUUUUUUGAAACAGCAGGGUUGUGUUCUGAUGAAUAUAUAAGAUGUACAGAACAAUUCUAUUCUGAGCCUAUGUCUAGUAACACUAUGAUUUGUAUGAAUGAAGAUGAUAAUGGAAAUUGCUGUGGAAAUUUUACAAAUUCCAAUUAUUUAAAUGAAGAUUUGGCUUUAAUUCAAUGGUAUAAUUUUAAAUAUAUAGAUGAUCCAAAAAGGUUUUACAAAUAUGAAUGUCCUUAUCCCACAUCAUAA